UGAUCAUUUUUGUCCACCAACGAUAUGAAACACAGCGCGCGCGCAGCUGAACGUGCACACAGCUUUGCGUCUACCUGAGGACCACGUCUGUCCGCUCGCGUGCAGAGAGAGAGAGCACUGCUCCUGGGUUGGUUGGAGGGCUGGUUGUUUUUUGUUUGCGUGCAUGCGUGUGUGUGUGACGCUCGCGCACCCGCCCGCCUGACCGCCUCUCGUGCGCGUCUCUCGUUCGAAGUUGCGCGUGCACGUGCGCCACAGCUUCGCCAAGGUGUGCGAAGGCGCCUUCGCUGUUCAGCACCGCGGACAGCAGCAACUCGCGCCCAUGCACCUGCGCUCACCUGCGCUCGCGGACGGCUGCAGGUGCGAACUGAGAACUGAGAACUCCACUGGCGCGCGUGUGCAUGCGUAUGUGUGUUUCUGUCUGGUUGCACGCGAAGACAAGUUUGCUGAUCCAAUGAUCCGGACUGUCGGAAGUCUUUACAGGUCCUCAACAGCCUAACAAGAUGCAACAACAUUCAAAUAACUCCUCAAAAGUCCAUCAAACCCAACUCAUCUAAAUCUACAGUUUCUAUAGAGGGCAAUCCGACCAUUUCCUGAGCCCCACCAUGGCUGGGCUUCCAGUAGGGAUUCCCCAGCAGAGCAUCCCUUGUCCAUGGCUCCCCCUCGUGGCCUUUCUGCUGCUAAUGCUCCCCCAGGCCCAGACCAGUCCCAGGUACCUCCCUGCGCUGCCCGGCACCAAGCGUGAGAUUGUGAUGGACGGCGACCUGGUGAUAGGUGGCUUGUUCCCCGUGCACGAGAAAGGCGAGGGGACGCAGGACUGCGGUAAGAUCAACGAGCAGCGCGGGAUCCAGCGUCUGGAGGCCAUGCUGCUGGCCCUGGAUGAGAUCAACCAAGAUAACCGCAUCUUACCAGGCUUCAGGCUGGGGGCGCACAUCCUGGACACCUGCUCCAAGGACACGUACGCACUGGAGCAGUCACUGGAGUUCGUCCGGGCGUCGCUUACCAAAGUGCACCAGCCUGGCUUCAUCUGCCCUGACGGCUCCAACCCCGUUCCAGACGAGGCACCACUGGCUAUAUCCGGAGUGAUCGGAGGCUCGUAUAGUGAUGUUUCCAUACAGGUUGCCAACCUUCUGCGCCUCUUCCAGAUCCCGCAGAUCAGCUAUGCCUCUACUAGUGCCAAACUAAGCGACAAAUCCCGCUAUGACUACUUUGCCCGAACUGUUCCCCCAGACUUCUACCAGGCCAAAGCCAUGGCUGAGAUCCUGCGCUACUUCAACUGGACCUAUGUGUCCACGGUGGCCUCCGAGGGCGACUAUGGCGAGACAGGCAUUGACGCCUUCCAGCAAGAGGCGAGGGUUCGCCAGAUCUGCAUCGCUACGUCAGUCAAAGUCAGCCGUUCCAUGAACCGGGUGAACUAUGAAACGGUGAUCCGCUCCCUGCAACAAAAGGCCAACGCCAAAGUGGUCAUCCUCUUCACCCGCAGUGAGGAUGCCCGUGAGCUGCUGGUGGCGGCGGCACGAAUGAACGUCAGCUUCAUCUGGGUUGCCAGCGAUGGCUGGGGAGCGCAGGAAAGUGUGGUGCACGGGAGCGAGAAGGCGGCUAACGGGGCCUUCACCAUCGAGUUGGCCUCCUACUCCAUCCGCGAAUUCGAGGACUACUUCACCAAGCUCACCCCAGAGCUCAACACCAGGAAUCCCUGGUUCAGGGAAUUCUGGGAGCACAAGUUUGGAUGUCGGCUUCAUGAGCCGGGCUGUGCCAGUCACAGCCUGAGGGACGGUUCCUUCAAGCAGGAGUCUAAGAUCAUGUUCGUCAUGAAUGCCGUCUACGCCAUGGCCCAUGCACUGCAUAACAUGCGGCAGGCAGUGUGCCCCAACACCACCCGUGUGUGUGAGGCUAUGAAACCAGGAAACGGCAAGAGGUUCUACCGCGAGUUUAUCCUUAAGACCAAGUUUGAUGCUCCAUUCAGACCUGCGGAAACGGAGAACGUUGUACGCUUCACCUCUCUGGGGGACAGCCUUGGACGCUACAACAUCUUCCACUACGGCCAAGAGAACGGAAGGUACGUCUACAAGAAGGUGGGCUACUGGUCCCAAGGCUUAGUCCUUAACACCAGUCUGGUGCCCUGGCCUGGAGGGGCAAUUCCCACCUCCCAGUGCAGUGACCCCUGCCAACCCAAUGAGGCCAAGAGCAUGCAACCUGGGGAUGUUUGCUGCUGGAUCUGCAUCCCUUGCCAGGCCCACCAGUUCCUUCUUGAUGAGUUCACUUGUGAGGACUGUGGCUUUGGGGAGUGGCCUUUGACCAACCUCACUGGCUGCUAUGAACUUCCUGAAGAGUACAUUCACUGGUCCGAUGCAUGGGCUGUUGGACCCGUGACCAUUGCUUGUCUGGGAAUGCUGUGCACUAUGGCAGUCGCUGGGGUUUUCCUGCGCAACAACGACACUCCAGUAGUGAAGGCUAGUGGACGUGAGCUGUCUUACAUCCUGUUGUUUGGAGUCCUCCUCUGCUACGCCAUGACCUUCAUCUACAUUGCCAAGCCGUCUGCAGUGGUUUGCGCCCUACGACGUCUCGGCUUGGGUACAUCCUUUGCUGUCUGUUAUUCCGCCUUGCUCACCAAGACCAAUCGGAUCGCUAGGAUAUUCGGCGGGGCUCGGGACAGCGCCCAGCGGCCUCGCUUCAUCAGCCCUGCAUCCCAGAUGGCGAUCUGUGCUGUGUUGAUCUCUGCUCAGCUUCUAGUGGCACUGGUGUGGCUCCUGGUGGAGGCUCCCGGAGUCCGCAAGGAACUGAGUCCCGAGCGGCGAGAUGUGGUGACUCUUAAGUGCAACAGUCUGGACUCCAGCAUGCUGGUGUCGCUCACCUACAACUGCAUUCUCAUCAUCCUGUGCACCUUCUACGCCUUCAAGACCAGGAAGUGCCCUGAGAACUUCAACGAGGCCAAGUUCAUUGGGUUCACGAUGUACACAACCUGCAUCAUCUGGUUGGCCUUCCAGCCCAUCUUCUACGUCACGGCCAGUGAUUACAGGGUUCAGACCACCACCAUGUGUAUCUCGGUCAGUCUGAGUGGCUCGGUGGUGCUGGGCUGUCUCUUUGCGCCCAAAAUCCACAUUAUUCUGUUCCAGCCGCAGAAGAACGUGACCUCACUGAGGAAGAACGACAACCGCUUCUCCACGGCCAUCACGGCCCCCAGCUCCACCUACUCACAGGGUAGCUAACCUCUUCCUCCAACUCUUCCUCCGCCACUGUAGUUCCUACCGUGUGCAACGGACGAGAGGUAGUGGACUCUACGACGUCGUCAUUAUAAGGGAUAAAAAUGCACAAAUCGCUUCUCCAGUGAUGUCAUGGAUGAAUAUCUUCCAACAAAGGGUGCUUUAGACAUCCAUUUCAGAGAUAAUUAAGUUCAGAGUCUUAAAUUAUAAAUGAAAUACUUGAUCCUAUAAGUACGGUGGCCGAGAAAGCCCAACGUAGUGCACAUUUAAAAGCGCUGCAA